AAACACACAGUGACAAAUAUUUUGAAUGAUCCAUUUAUUAUACUAUAUGCAUACAUAAAGCACCUAAAAGGUUUUACUCGAGCAGUGAAGUAUUAAUGAAUCAUAAAGUGACACAGUACAUGAUUCAUAUCCCUUUACAGCGGGAGUCCAUUUCUCUCGGUGUCCUCUAGGGGCCGCUGUCCAGACGCGUGCAUGUGCUCGGUUGAGUUUGGCCAAUCAAAUGGUGUUUUCACACGGAAAGACCCUUCACGUUUGUAGAAGAUGGCGACUGCUGAACCGGAAACUUCAACAAAUCCAACAAAUUCAGAAGAAGAAAAAAACGACGAAAAUAAGCAAGAGAUAGUGAGUCUUGAAGAUUAUAUUAAACAUCCUCUGCAGAACAGAUGGGCUCUUUGGUUCUUUAAAAAUGACAAAAGCAAAACAUGGCAAGCUAAUCUCCGUCUCAUCUCAAAGUUUGACACAGUGGAAGACUUCUGGGCGUUAUACAAUCACAUUCAGUUAUCAAGUAACUUAAUAUCAGGAUGUGACUACUCCCUCUUCAAGGAUGGCAUUGAGCCCAUGUGGGAAGAUGAGAGAAACAAGCAGGGCGGCCGCUGGCUGAUCACCCUGUCCAAACAGCAGCGCAGAGCCGACCUGGACCGCUUCUGGUUGGAGACGCUUUUGUGCCUUGUGGGAGAAGCGUUUGAUGACCACAGUGAUGAUGUCUGUGGUGCUGUCGUCAACAUCCGAACAAAGGGCGACAAAAUAGCGAUAUGGACGACAGACUACGAGAACAAAGAUGCUGUUAUACACAUAGGGCGUGUGUAUAAGGAAAGAUUAGGUGUCCCUCCAAAAGUCAUCAUUGGAUACCAGUCACAUGGGGACAGCCACCAAAAGUGGUUCCACCACCAAGAAUAAGUUUGUUGUUUAAGGAGCCUUUUAAACAAUGCUGCAACAACGGUCAGAAACUUUAUCAAAUUCAAAUCUUCAUCAGAAGAGACAGACGAGAACAAAACUGACCUGGGAUCUGACCUUUCGCAGGAUGCUGUGGGGGAAACACUAGGAAAUUAAAGGCCUUCAGAUUUGUAGAUGGAAGGGUUUAAUCAGAGGAAUAUUAUAUUUACGAAACUGUACAGUGUAUAAAAACAGAGCCACGUUCUUUUUUUUAUUUUUUAUGUCAGCAUACUAUUAACUGAUCUUUUGCUGGUGGGGAUGGGAAGUGUAUUCAAUUCAAUUUAUGAAUAUUUUUCUUUCAUAUUCUGUUUGCCUUUUUAUGUUGAGUUGCAGUUACUAAAUCUUAAGUGUAGUUUAUUUAUUUUUUACUUAGGAGACAUUUACACUUCUGCUUUGGAUUUAGUGUUUAAGUGAUUUGGACAGUAAACGGAUCAUGAUAUUUCUAAUUACACUAUUCAGAUGCUUCUUGUAUUGCAGCUUGAGAAUGUCAAAGGUUGAUUCUGUUCAAAGACUGUUGUAUAAAUGUGUAUUUUUGCAGUCUUGUUUUACAUUCCUUAUGCAAAAUGUUCAAGGCAGUGCUGAUAACUGAUCUCUGGUUCUUACCUUUUCCUAAGGGGUUUCAUUGAGUAGCCUGGAUUCUUUGUAACAAAAAAUAAUAGAAGCCCUUUCUUGAACAUGGGUGCUUAUAAAAAAUUAAUGUAAAUAAAAGGUACAAUGCAUUGUCGAUACCCAGUGAAGAGCCUCUGAAAUGCAUCUGUUGAUGAUAAAUAAAUAAUCCUCUGAGAUUCUUGA